AUGCAAUGGCGAUACGUUAUAGUUGGUGAUUAUGUGCAUCUAUCACUGGACGACGUGAUACCGGCUGAUAUAUUGCUGAUAAGAUCAUCGGAUUCGAAUGGUAUUUGCUUCGUGGAGACGUCGAAUUUGGAUGGUGAGACUAGUCUAAAGCAACGUCGAGUUCCUAACUCGGUCGCAUCGUUCUCAGGGGAAGAUAGUCAAUUCCAACCACCUCAACUACAGGCGAGGAUAAAAUGUGAAAAACCGAAUAAUUUAAUACACCAAAUGAAUGGUCAUAUUACCUAUGAGGACGGACAUAUGGAUGGAAAAGACACAAAGGCGAUGAUGAACAAUUCAGGAAUACGUUAUAAACGAAGCUCACUGGAGCUGGUGACAAAUCGCUUCAUAUUGUAUUGUAUUGGGAUAUUGGUAGUAAUGUGUUUAUUCGCUGGAAUUGGCACUAUGCUAUGGUUAUUUUCAUUUGCACCGAAUACAGAUUCGAUUAUUUUCAUUAUUCUGAAUACCAAGUCACCUGUUACCGAUGGAAUGGUCAAUAUGAUUUCAUCGAUUCUGAAUUAUCAGAUCCUGAUCCCAUUAUCGCUGUAUAUCUCAGUUGAGUUGGUCAAGUUGGGCCAAAUCUAUUUCAUAUCAACUGAUGUGAAUUUAUAUUACGAGAAGAACGACAGACGUAUGGAAUGUAGAUCAUUGAAUAUUCCCGAGGAGUUGGGACAGAUCCAGUAUGUCCUUUCUGAUAAGACUGGAACUCUAACA